GAACGUUAAUGAGGGGUCAUUAGUAGUUGCACGUUCAUUUCUCGUCCUCCAUCAGAGUUCAUGGAAGAAGCCUGUGUAUGUGUGGAUCUGCUCCAAUAACAAAAACCAUCCCACUUCCUUUGUACGUCAAGCAUGACAUUCGUUUCUUCAUACUCCUGGUCUCAUUCCAGACUUACUGAUUAGCUGUGAACAAGCACUUCAAGGAUCUUCCGUGACAAGGCAUCCAGUGAGAAUGACACUUGGAAGAGUGGUGUUCCUUCCUCCUAAUGGUGACAACAAAAUCCAGGAAAGCCAGGGGAUGCCUGCUACUCUUAUCCAGCCACAAGGAACAGUGCAAUAUGUACACUAUAAAGGCCAGCAGCCUUGGAGCCCCAAUACCUCACUGCAAAAACUCCUCAAAAUGGAGACAAAGACUCUUGGGGCCAUCCAGGUCAUAAUUGGAAUAAUGCACAUUGGUUUUGGGGCUGUUCCAAUUCAUCUUUUCAGUUCAACCUAUCAGCCUCUUUCUGCAGCUGGAGGUUACCAUAUCUGGGGUGGACUACUUUUCAUUGUUUCUGGAUCCCUGUCUGUUGCAGUUGAGAAACGUCUGAACCCAUGCUUGGUGAAAUGCAAUGUGGGAAUGAACAUUGUAAGCGCUAUUGUGGCAUUAGUUGGCAUCGUCCUCUGUAUACACGAGUUGCAUUCUAAUCAACAUACUUAUGAAACAAAUAAAAGAUAUUAUUUUUAUGAUGAUGACCCAAUUAACCAGUGGUCAGUAGGUGCUGGUCUCUGUGGCCUGUUCCUCUUGUUCACCUUACUAGAGUUAUUCAUCGCAGUUUUUACAGUAUAUUUCGGGUGCCAGGCAGUCUGCUACAACUCUAAUGACACGGACACAGUUGCAUUGCCAUGCACUAUCAUUGGAAAUGAAAUGAAUCCCAAUGAAGGUAACCCGAAUCCUCCAACCUAUCAGCAAGGCAACAUGUCAUCAGGGCCAAUGAAGAGUGGUAAUGGAAACAUUGUAAUCAUAGCCCCAAAUGGUGCCAAAACAAUCCAGGCAGGUGAGCAGAUCCCUAGCACCUUAAUGCACUAUAUUCGAUCUGGAGGCCAACAGAAUGGAAGUCUGAGUAGCCAACCUCAGCAGAAACACUGUGUUGGGGCAUUGGAGAAGAUAAUUAACCUAGAAGCCAAGACUCUGGGGGUGUUGCAGAUAAUGAUUGGACUGAUACUCUUUGGUUUUGGAAUCAUUGCAAUAAUUAAUGCAUUCAAGGCUUAUUCCCCUAUAUUGUCUACGUUUUAUCCAGUGUCCAGUAGCCUAUUCUUUAUUGCUUCCGGAUCUGUGUCUGUGUCAGCUGAAAAACAUUGGAAUACCAACUUGGUAAGAUGCCAUUACUCGCCACCCCACCUGCCAAUGCUGCAAUGUUUGAAAAAUGCCAGUUUGGCAAUGAACAUCUUAAGUGCUAUAGUGGCAUCAACCGGCAUUAUUUUGUAUAUAUUUAUCAUAGCUUACACUGUAAUAUUAUCCAAAGUGUUGAUUCCUUCCUCAUCCGAGUCCCUUGAAACAUCUCUUCACACCAUUUUGAGUGAGAAUGCAAUGAACAAUAGAGCAUCUGGACAGAUGUCAAUACAUCUUGCCUUCAGUAUACUAUUCCUUAUAUUGACUUCACUGGAGUUCUGCAUUACUGUUAUAGUGGCACAUUUUGGGUGCCGGGCAAACUGCUGCACUGAUGAUACAGCUAUUGUUUAUGUGCCCUGCACUAUCAAUGGAGAGAACGUCAUUCCUACUGAAAAAAAAUUGGCUUCCCUGCAAGCAGUUUAAGACAGAAGAAAUUAUGAGAGAUAUCACACAGGCAAACUUAGCACAUCAAUAAUCUCACAAUUUCCUGUAAUUGUUCACAAAUAUAUUUGCAGCUUCAAUAUUUAGCAGAUUAAAGGCCCUCCCUCCAGAUGCUCCUAGAAACAAGGGAGAAACUUGGCCUUGAGGAGUGUCUCAUCUAUUGACAAAUGUCCCCUACAGAAGGCUCUGUCGGCACCCGAAUUGUGAUAUAUUUAGCACAAAGUUUGAAUAUCUGUUAUGAAUGGUUGCCUCUAAGCUCAUUGGUUCUCUUCUAUUGUGGCCAACUAAGGGCAUUUGUUAAAGCAUUUUCAGCAGAGAUAUCCAGUAUCCAGCUAACUUCCUUUACACUGUUCUGUCAUUGCAACUAAGAUCAUAAGUGAUGUGCCUGUGUUGUGAUGUAUCAACCUGUUUCCUUUCUAAUAAUGUUUUUGGGCAAAAUAAAGUCUAUGCUCUUCAAA